AUUUCUUGACCAAAAGAAACACAUGAGUUUAGUCUCGUGGCUCUAAGCAUCCCAAAGGCGCACGAAACGAACGUCCGUCUCAGCUUCAAAAGGAGACAUCAAAGAUAGGUAUACUACCAACAAUGGGACGUCCUCCUGCAGAAAAUGCACACCCAAAGACGGUCUGGCCUAGUCCUAUAAUGACAUGGACUGCCAUGCAUGUCGUUGUCGACCACACCCUGAAGAAGGAGCUAAAGCUGCCAAGAUUACAUUAGCGAGUAUUGCACAAGCAUCCCUGCUUAAUAUAACAAGCCCCAAACACGCUGCAGCUAGACUGAUACUAUUGGUAACGCUGCUUGGUUUCCACUUACGCAUAGCCCAAUCCCCAAUAGAUUCGGAUAGCCGUUCGCAUAGCAAGAAAUCUUGGUAUGGAUGUCGCACCUAGUGUGGGCUGGUCCCCGACAUGGUGGAUGUCGCUUUUGAGUUGAACAGACGUGUCUCCGCGUAAUGGGGUAAAUCCCUCAGUCCAUCCUCUCGGAGGUACUUAAGUCUCCGCACGUUUCCCGUUUCACACGUCUCCGGGAAUGAAUCGUGUUGCUUCACUGCCGGCUUCAACCACGUCUAGUACCAGCAGUAACAAAAACAAAAUGUCUCAGUCAAUGCCCCAGGGCAACAGUGCCGUCAACCCGCGCUCGCUACAGGAGCAAAUGGCCAAGUACGCCCAAGAGGCCGCCAAACGAAUACGCUCUGACGGAAACGCCCAGUUUCAGGAGUUGCACAGCAGCACCGACUCCCGAAUCCGCUCGCUGGCUGAAGACCCGUGGGCAGACCAUGCCGCACUCGAUGCAGCAACCCCGGCCCUGAGGGAUGGAGACAAUGUCAAAUUCCUGGUCCUGGGGGCCGGCAUGGGUGGAAUUCUCAGCGCCGUGCGGCUCUCCCAGAAAGGCUUCGGCCCCAGUGAUGUCAAGCUGGUGGACGGGGCGGGCGGUAUCGGAGGCACGUGGUACUGGAACCGCUACCCUGGCCUGCACUGCGACGUUGAGGCGAGUGUCUACAUGCCGCUCCUCGAGGAGAUGGACUACAUGCCAAGCCGGCGGUUCGCCCCGGGUUGUGAGAUCCGCACGUACCUCGAGGAAGUGGCACGGAAAUUUGGGUUCCAGGAUAGCAUCAUGUACCGCACCCACAUCGACAAACUGGCUUGGGAUGACGAGAAACUUGUCUGGCAGGUAGAGAUGACUACUUGCAGGGGUACUGGCGGGAUAGAGAAACAUAACUUACGAGUACGGGCCGACUUCGUCAUCCUGGCGAGCGGGCUCUUCCCUGUGCCCAAGGCACCCAAGCUAGAUGGUCUGUCAAGCUUUGGUGGCCAAAUGUUUCACACAUCGCGUUGGGAUUACGAAGUCACUGGUGGAAGCGGAGAUGAGCCGUUUCCGGCUCUUGAAAAGCUCCGAGGAAAGCGUGUAGGAAUAGUCGGCACCGGCGCAACCGCGGUCCAGGUCAUCCCGGUGCUGGCCAAGUAUGCAGCCGAGCUAUUUGUUUUCCAGCGCACGCCGUCACAGGUAUACGGCCGCGGUCAGCAUGACAUGAAUCCUGACCACUGGCGACAAAAAGUGGCGACCGGGCCAGGGUGGCAGAAGAGGCGACAGGAGAACAAUGCCCGGUGGAUGGCCUCGGGUGGAACACUGCGUGGAAUGGAGGAGAAGUUGGUGGACGACGAGUGGUCAGAGUUGGAUGGUUGGUGCAGUAUUCUCGGGGGAGGACCUAUCCCCCCGCCUAUGCCGCAAGAAAUACCAGAGUACAUUGGAAAAUUUGUGGCCUUGGAGCUGCCCGGCUCGGAGCGCGCCAGGGCGCGGGUCGACAGCCUAGUCGAGGACCCUCGGACGGCGGAAAAGUUGAAGCACUGGUAUCCCACCUGGUGCAAGCGGCCGACUUUCCACGACGAGUACCUACAGACAUACAACCAGUCACACGUACGCCUGGUGGACACCGACGGGAAAGGCGUAGAGCGCGUGACGGAAAAGGGGGUGGUGGUGGCGGGCACCGAGUAUCCCGUGGAUGUGCUCGUGCUCAGCACCGGAUACCGAGCUGUCGGGGCCUCAGAACCCUCGCUCCUUGCAGGCCUGGAUGUCAUCGGCCGGGGCGGACAGACUUUAUCGCAGAAGUGGAAAGAUGCGGCGGCUUCGCUGCACGGCGUCAGCUCGCACGGGUUUCCGAACCUGUUCUGGCUGGGGAGCACGCAGGCAGGCACAACGGUCAACUUCAGCCAUGUGCUGACGGAGGAGUCGCUGCACAUCGCGCACAUCAUUGCGCAGGCGUGCCGAGGCCGUGAGGACAAAAGGGUCGUGGUGGAGGUGACUCGCGAAGCCGAAGAGGAGUGGACGGGCGAGAUCCUCAAGGGUGCCACCUAUGGAUCCGUGGUGGGAGCAUGCCCGCCUAGCUUGCUCACUAACGAAGGGGAUAUCCUAAAAAUGACGCCCGAGGAGGGACUCAAAAGUGCGAGAGCAAGUCCCUUGUCGCAGGGGUUAUUGGGAUACGUGAGGCGGAUCGAGGCGUGGAGAAGUCAAGGUGAAAUGCAGGGUUUGAAAAUCACCACUUUGGACAGAAGUUGAAAUGGUGCCGGAGAUGACUGCCGCCUUCGAUUCUUUUUGUCUGAUGUUAGAUGUCCACCACCAAGGUUGCUUUCUUUGAUCGGUUUCCUCCAUUGGCUCUUGGGUAUCUGACAGUAAUUUUCUUUGUCAAUCACGUACGUGGUAGGAAUAUCAGAAAAAGCUUGAGCUCGGAAAUACUUGGAUCUAAUUGCAUUCUCAUCCGAUAUGGAGAAUCAAUUACAAGCUACUCCGUACUUGCUGUUAUAGUUACUUUGUGCAUCUCAG